AUGGGCGAGUUCGAAACGUGCAAGCCCGAUCGCGCCGAAUAUGUUUCACAAAGUCCACCGGGUCCGCCACUGUUUGACACUUGGUUAGGAGACGCUCUGUGGGAGGGUCCGGUCGUUGUGCACAAUGCACCUCAUUCCAAGCACAAUCGAAGAAUGGGAGAAGAACUUCCGUUGCAGUAUUGA